GAUUGCAGAUCGGCUGUUUCUUUCUAAGCAGUAUGGCGAAGGUGAAAGGAAAGAAGCAAGAGGAAGACAUACAUCUCUUCUGAAUGAUGUUAAAACAAUUAGGUUAAUUUAAGUUUCUUUCAGAAUUUUGAUUUGCAGGAAUCAAAUCUUCCAAGCAUCAUGAUACAGUCUGUUGCUUCCAAAAGGGUGUCAGUUGUAUACAGCAUACCAUCUCCUGAUGAUUGUGAGUGUGUGUCUGGGCAGAGUCCAAACCUGCAUUGGGUCCAGUCUUCCCAAGAAGAAAGCUCAUUUCUGAAGUGUUCUUCUUUGAAACGGCUGAGAUGGCAUCUAGGAAUAUUACCCAUUAUUUCCUUAGCAGUCACUGUAUUUGUGCUAGUCCUGCACUAUUCAUUAUCUCCAGCAUUCUCAUUUAUUUAUAUUGGUGGAAGUGUAGAAAUCCCAAACCUGACGUAUGCAAGUGACCUCACUGAUCCAAAGUCACAGAAAUUUAUAUUGCAAGCAGAAAUGAUCCAGAGUUAUUUUGCAGAAUUCUAUGAAUCUUCUACCUUAGGGAAAUAUUACUUGAAUUCAGUGGUUGCUGCAUUUAGUGAAGGAGAAGAUGGUCUCAAAGUCUACUGCUGGAGUAUAUUCUGGGCACCACAAGAUAUUACUGGCUCUUUCAAAAAACUGAUCUCACUGAAGCAGAAGGAAAUAAUCAGGAAGCAAGUACCUUGGAGUGUUAACUCUUCUGCUGAAAGCCUUUUGGUAGAAGAGAAUUUUGAUCGCUUUACAAUGGAUCUUUUUGUUGCAGAUGCUACUGAGUAUGAUGUGACCUUAAAGUCAGUAUCCUUUGACCUAUAUGCAAAGCCUGGUAACAACAGGAGUUUGACUUUGAUGAAUCCCAAGAAAUCUUUUUACCAGUGGCGGCUGCGAGUUCCUUCUAACUAUGUCGUGAGACUUGUCAUUCUUACGUUGCAUGGCGUUACUCCGGGGAGCUGUGCAUCUCACAGAUUAUCAGCAUAUGAUUUCCUCCUCCCUCUUCAGAACAAGAUCAUUACAAGGUGGUGUGGAGUACCAGGGGCUUGGAAUCCCCCCAUUGUUCGGUUAACUUCAUCAAGUAAUGUAAUGCUGGUCACCUUCUCACUGGACAAAAGAAAAGAGAACAGCAUACUAAAAGCCUACUUCCAAGCAGUUCCUAAAAUUGUAUGUGGCGGGCGUUACAUCUCAUGGAAUGGGACUGUGAGCUCCCCUUAUUAUCCAAGUUACUAUCCACCAAGCAUCGACUGCAGCUGGAUAAUCAGAGCACCAUUGCCUGGCUAUAAGUUAUCACUAAAAAUUCUUGUAAUACAAAUUCAGGAGAAGUCUCCAGGAUCUAGUAAAUGUGAUAAGGACUGGUUAGAAAUUGAUGGAGUUAGGUAUUGCAAAGCUAUUGCAGAAGGCCAGAGAAAUAAAGACUAUGGUUAUUCAGUUGCAAUCAAUUUCCAUUCAGAUGAACUGGUCACUCAUAGAGGUUUUUACAUUGAAUACAAAGCAUUCAGUUACAUGGACCUUUGUCCUCGACAAUUUAAGUGUGCGGAUAGAACAUGCGUUCCUUUAAACAGUCGGUGUGAUGGAAGGCAAGAUUGUUCAGAUGGCAGUGAUGAAUUAGACUGUGGCUGCAGUCCAGAGGAGUCUAACUGUGGUAAUGGGAAGUGUAAGCAUGCUUCUAAGAUAUGCAGAGGGGAAGAGAGCUGUGGAGAGGAGAGUGAUGAAAACAACUGCUCCUCUAAAAAUUGUUCUCCAUAUGCAUAUAAAUGCUCAAAUGGCAAGUGUUUAAUGAAACCAAACCCUGAAUGUGAUGGAAUAAGAGACUGUGCUGAUGGAUCUGAUGAAGUUAAUUGCGCCUGUGGAAGGAGUCAGUUUAAAAAAAAUAGAAUUGUGGGAGGUGAGGAUGCAAGGUCUGGAAAGUGGCCAUGGCAAGCAAGCUUACAGAUGGGAACUUAUGGCCAUAUUUGUGGUGCAUCUGUUAUUUCAAAUAGAUGGCUGAUAUCUGCUGCUCACUGUUUCCUGGAUUCCGAUUCCAUAAGAUACUCUUUACCUUCUGGCUGGAAAGCAUACAUGGGCAUAAGGAUUAUGAGCAAAAACAGCAAUCAUGUAGCUAUGAGAUCAAUCAAAAGGAUUGUUGUCCAUCCACGGUACGACCAGUAUAUCUCAGACUAUGAUGUUGCCCUGUUGGAAAUGGAAACGCCAGUAUUCUUCAGUGAGCUGGUACAGCCCAUUUGUUUACCCAGCAGCCCUAGAAUAUUUUUUUAUGGAACUGUCUGCUAUGUAACUGGCUGGGGAGCCAUAAAAGAAAAUAGUCAGCUUGCCAAAACACUGCAAGAAGCUAGAGUGAAAAUAAUUAAUCAAAGUGUCUGCAGUAAGCUUUAUGAUGAUCUGAUUACUUCUCGGAUGCUGUGUGCAGGAAACCUCAAUGGUGGCAUUGAUGCAUGCCAGGGUGAUUCUGGAGGUCCAUUGGCCUGCAUUGGAAAGGAAAAUAGGUGGUACCUUGCAGGAAUUGUGAGCUGGGGUGAAGGAUGCGCUCGGCGUAACCGUCCUGGUGUAUACACUGAAGUGACAGCUCUUUAUGACUGGAUUCAUCUGUAUACAAAAUGAUGCACUUCGCAGGCAACACAAACCAUCCUGUUUGCUGAAAUUCGUAGAAAUGCAGUCUGUGAAGCACAUCUUCAUGGCAAUUAUAAUUCAUGGUAGUGUGUGU